AUGGCGCAGUACUUACCGACCAGCGAUGGCCUGAUGCGCUCCACGCUGCGAGAAACCAUCAUGCGCAUCCGCCGCAUACGGAAGAAGGCCGGCCGCGAAGACGACAACGAGGAGGAUGCCUCUGCGGAUCCGCAGCGUGACCUGUCGCUCGCGUUCAUCCGCUGCGUCACGCGCACGAAGGAGCUCAUCAAGGAGCGCAACGAAGGAAUGCGGCUGCACGGGGAAGAUCGCAUGGUCAUUGAACAGUCGAAUAGUAUUCGGAAGGACAUCCGCACCAUGGAGACGCUGCUUGAAGAGAUUAAGAAGUACGUGGACACCGCCGAAGCCGCGCUCGCGCAGGCAAAUCGAAAGAAAAAGCCAGAUAAAAAAAAUUGGCGCUGCUAG